GUUAUAAAUUAUUCCUAAUCUUGCUGUGAUCAGAAAAUGGUAGCUUUGAAACGAGUACCCCUAUCCUUCGUUCGAAAUACGUCAACAACGACAGCAACGUCCACAAAAGCAGCUGGAGAUAUAAGCUCUGUUUUCCCAUCAUUGUCUGGGAAAGCACCAGAUCCACUUCCGCCGCGUUUUCAAACUCUUAAAACCCAACUGUCUACAGGGAGAGAACAAGUCUUGACCGACUCCUGGUCACGGCUCUUGGAUUCCCUUCGAGAAGAAGUCAAGAAGAUUAAAGCACUGGGAAGUGACGCCAUUCCUUCAAUUAGCUAUAGAGAUAUACAAAAUGGAACCCUGACCCAAGAGCAACUGAACAAUAUCCGCCAUCGUGGCUCCGUGGUCAUCCGAGGUGUGAUUCCCAAGGAAACUGCUCUCAAAUACAAAGAAAAAGUCAGAGAAUACAUAAAAUCCAACAAAGAAAGAGUUAAAGCAUUCCCAAAUGACGACCCAGCGGUAUACGAGCUCUACUGGGCUCCAAGCCAAGUCCAUGCCCGAACGCAUCCAGGAAUGAUAAACACGCAAAAGUUCCUCGCAAAGUUGUGGUACUCCUCCAAUCCGCUCUCUCAAAUAUCAACUACGCAUCCCCUCAUGUACGCAGAUCGGUUUCGUAUUCGUAACCCGGGCGAUGCGAAAUUCGCCUUAGGGCCCCAUUCUGAUGGUGGAUCGCUCGAACGGUGGGAAGACCCCGAAUAUCGUCGAUGUUAUUCUAAGAUCUUAGAAGGGAAAUGGGAGGAGUACGACCCGUUCGAUGCAAACCACCGCAUUUCCGCCCAUCAAGAUCUUUACAAUGGUGCUGGGGCAUGUUCAAUGUUUCGCUUCUUCCAGGGCUGGUUGAGCAUGUCGUCUACGGGUCCAGGUGAAGGAACGUUGAAGAUUUACCCAUUGCUCAGACAUGCUACAGCAUAUUUGGUGCUUAGACCUUUCAUGACUACUGGAUCUAUUAAAUAUCUUAAUGCUGAGUUUCCUGGAGCUGUGCCUGGAGCUUGCCAGGAGUAUAACAACAAGACACAUCCGGAUCUCGACUUGGCUGAUACCAUGUGCUCUGUACCUCACGUAGAGCCAGGAGACUAUGUUGCAUGGCAUUGUGAUUCCAUUCACUCUGUUGAUAAGGAACACCAUGGGCAAGGGGAUUCUAGCGUACUGUAUAUUCCAGUAUGCCCUUUGACAUCGUCUAAUGCCCAGUACUUGGUUAGACAGCGUGAGGCAGCCUUGAAAUUCAGCCCACCUCCUGAUUUUCCAGAUGCCGGUGGUGUCGGCGAGCGAGGCUUUGUUGGUCAGCUUGAUUGGGAUACAGUCUCGGAUGAGGGGUUACAUGCCAUGGGUAUGGGUUCAAACACAUGGACAACUGAGGAAAAUAUGUCUGAUGGUGAAAAGGCAGUAAUUGAAACUGCAAACAGAAGAUGCUUUGGUUGA